AAAAUAAAGUAGAGGGGCAGGGUGACACCAAGCGUAACAAAGAUGGCGGACUGUCAUCAUAAAGCUAGCUAGCUAAAAAUGUCAUUAAGUACUAAGGGGGGGAAAUAAAGGUAUUGGUACCUAAUAAGCUGGAGGCAUAUACAGAUUGGGGCAGGCUCUUAAUAUGGGUUUACAUUAUGGGUUUAUGUGUUGUUCUAUAUAACGUUAAAUGGCGUCUGGUGAAUAAAAUGCCAGGUUUUGACAACAUUGUGGAAAUGUUGGCACGGGAGGCAACGAGAAAGAUCAACACCAUUUUCUCCCAACUGUCCUCAAUGCUGCUAAACGAAAACCAGACUCUGAAGGGCCAAGUGCGGCAGCUGGAGAGCAAGCUGAAGACCACGGCUGAGAACUUUGAAAAUGCCAGAAUGUGGAGAGAAUAUGUCCUGAACGGCAGCCCCGUCCUGUUCGAGCAGAGCGGGCUGAUCUACAGCUUGAAGCCUUUUGGGAAGUUAAAAACAAAGACGGAUAAACUAACCGAGGACGGGAUGGAGACUGGACAUGACGCUGAUGGCGGAGAGGCAACGAAGGAAGUGAGUUCUGAAGCUGAGUCCUCAGCGGCCAGUCGAGCAGACACUGCAGAGGAUUGUUCCACAGCAAACACGGCGCAGUCCAAAAACACUGGCGUCCCGAACACACGGGAAGCUGAAGUCCGGGAGAAAGGGAAGUUUUUUGUAUGUGAUGUUUGUAACAAGAGCUUCAACCGGCAGUUCCACCUGAUGAAGCACAUGAACACUCACAAGGAGCAGAGGCCUUUCGCCUGCGACCAGUGCCCGAGAAAAUUCAGGAAUACGGCCACUUUUGAGUACCACCUGCUGCGGCACGAGGAGAGGAAGUACGCUACCUUAAAGUGCCAGCUCUGUGAGAAGACGUUCAAAACUAAAAUGCACCUGAAGACUCACCAGCUCGUACACACAGACAGGAGGCCGUUCAACUGCUCCACCUGUGGGAAGGCCUUCAAAACUAAACACAACCUGCAGGCUCACCAGAUCGUGCACACUGUUGAAAAGCCGCACAAAUGCUCCGAGUGUGGGGAGAGUUUCAGGUACGCGUUCACGCUGCAGUGCCAUAAAAGCAUUCAUACUGGUGAACAGCCUUACAAAUGCACGGUAUGUGACAAAGCUUUCAUAAAGAGGAGGUCGCUCAGCGCGCACCAGCGGGGCCACGGAGGGAAAAUGUUUACAUGUGAGACAUGCGGAGCGGGCUUCACCCUGCAACACAACCUGAAGAGACACGUCCGUAUUCACACAGGCGAAAAAACCGUUCAAAUGUAAAGUCUGCGGGAAAAGUUUCAUUCAGGACA